CAGCACCUUUACAUGUACGUAAUAAACUGUUAAGCAGAACAACUAGGCGAUUACACUUCUUUCUGACAUUUAAACUUCUUAGUGUUCACUUUAGUUUUUGUGGUACCAACGAAAAACCCAGAAUGUUCCAUCUGCCUCAAGUAUUCUCAAGUACUUCUAUCUGGGCAUAUCCGCAGGAAAAUGAAGAGAUUGGCACCAAGGAAGCCAUGUACAUCAUUGGUGAAAAGCAUGGUUUUUCCAAAGAAAGAACACGAGAGCUCUAUGACAGUUUUUCACUUUUUGAUCGAAAUGGAGAUGGUGUGAUCAGUAUAGAUGAACUUGGAACGGUAAUGAUGUCACUAGGUCAAAGACCCACCAGAGACGAGUUACGGGCCUUGCUUCACAGCGUCGAUAUGAACCACAGUGGAAACAUUGAUUUCGGUGAAUUUCUGGAUAUAUUUGCUAGAAAACUGAACAUCGAUCCUGAAAAAGAAUUGUACGAGGUUUUCUGCGUUUUUGACCAAAAUAAGGAUGGCUUCAUUUCAGCUAUGGAACUAUUUGAAGUUCUGUCACGACUAGGUGAACAUAUCACUAAGGACGAAGUAGAAGUAAUGGUAAAAGAAGCAGAUUUAAACGGUGACGGUCAGGUUGACUAUAACGGUAAGCAAUGAGUGGAAUUAAUUUCACUCGUCGAAGAACUAUCGAAUCUGCUCUUCCAGAUUUUCGGGAAAUGUUUCUUAAUUACGUUUAAUUUAGUUUUUAUUGAUAAUAAUAAAUCUCAAGAUUAAAACGAUCUCUUCGAAUAGUAGCAUCCUGUGUUUUUAAACUGAAAUUUGGAACGCAGAAAUAAUAUUAGAAGGUGUUGGACGUGUAUGUAUGUAUGUA